GCUACAGCAAGGAGAGCGUAUAUUGUUUCAUGUGUGGCGUUGUACAGCCAUGACUGAUAGAUGAUAUGAUGCUUUUACAGAACUGUACAAAUUCAGAGAAGGUUUUAGUGGGUCCAUAUGGUGAGACAUACCCAGCAAGUCAUGAUGCAAGCCAGGCCAUGAAUAUAAAAGCUGAGGCAGUCUCAGACUCACAAGAGGAAGCGGAUCCUGUGCGAAUAACAUUUCAGGAGAUGGAGGCUGAACCUGAGAACUGUACAAAUUUGGAGAACGCUUUAGUGGUUCCACAUGGUGAGACAUACCCAACACCUCAUGAUGCAAAUCAGGCCAUGAAUGUAAAAGCAGAGGCAGUCUCAGGUGCAGAAGAGGAAGAGGAUCCU